AUGCCUCCCCCCAGCCUACAGAACAUCCUCCCACUGACAGCGGCACCGACACAGACCAGCCACACCCCAGCUCCAACACUCACCAGCCCCCACUCUACCCCCUCCAGUCCAGAAGAAACACUGGCUGAGAUCGUGUGGUGCCCAACAACGCAGAGUGCCAUGGCGCUGCUUGAUAAAGCCCAGCUUGGGUCGCCAAGCCACAUAAUCAUACACACCGGAAGCAACGACCUGAGUGCUCAGCAGUAGAGGGUGGCGACUUCACUACGGGGAGUGAUUAAGAAGGCCUCAGCAAUCUUCCCCAACUCAAGGAUCGUGGUGUCAACCCUUCUACAGAGGAAGGACUUCUACCCUGACACAAUCCAAAGAAUAAACGCCAGCCUCUCCCGGGACUGUGCCCUGCGACCCAAUGUACACCUGGCCCACCAUCCCCUCGAUCUGGACUGUCUCUAUGACCAUGUUCACCUGUACAGGGAGACAGUCCCCAUCCUUACCAAGACUCUCAAGGAUGUCGCUUUAAACCGCAGCCCGACCUCUCCACCCAGGAACAGCGGAGCUAUCUCCACCACCCCGAGAUCACGAGACAACACCCCGGACCAGCACCCUGGACCCCCCAGCCACGACCACAGCACCACCAACCUCAAUGCCCACCACAGCCAGCGCAGCACAGACCACCCCAGCCCAGCUUCAGACCCACCCAGACGAGGCCUACCACCCCCCUCCACCCCACCGCAGACCCACACCUGGAGGAGCCACAGCCCGGCAGGCAGAGCUACGCACAGGCUGUGAGAGGAGCAACUGGCCCAGCCCCCACCAACGAAAUGAGUGACACUUAACAAAUGCUGAGUCUACUAUGCUCACAUGUGAUAGGCCGAGGGUCUACUAUGCUCACAUGUGAUAGGCCGAGGGUCUACUAUGCUCACACGUGAUAGGCCGAGGGUCUACUUUGCUCACAUGUGAUAGGCCGAGGGUCUACUAUGCUCACACGUGAUAGGCCGAGGGUCUAUUAUGCUCACACGUGAUAGGCCGAGGGUCAUGGUAAGAUGAGCACAAUAACUCCCCCAUCCUCACACUAAAUCCACCCAAGUGGCAUGACACAAAUGCUAUCUUAAAUUAUAAACAAAUCACAUUUGCAUAAUAAGAGUUUACGUUAAUUGUUGGAAUUUACAAGGAUUGAAGUCCUCUGCUUUUGGGCUAAGGAGCAGAAACCCAGACUUCCUUAAAGAAAUGAACGAUGUUGAUAUUGUAGUACUACAGGAAACAUGGUGCAGAGGUGAUGUUUCCACUGGCUGUCCACUAGGUUAUAGGGAAAUAAUCGCACCAUCCACCAAAUUAAAAGGAAUCACACAGGGCAGAGACUCAGGGGGAAUGCUAAUAUGGUAUAAAUCUGAACUAACUAAUUCAAUCGAAUUGAUCAAAACAGGAGAAUUCUUUAUCUGGUUAAAAAUCAACAAGGAGGCUAUCUUAACAGAUAAAAAUGUCUUCCUCUGUGCCACAUUCAUUCCCCCCUCAGAGUUACCCUACUUCAAUGAAGAGAGUUUCUCCAUUCUAGAGGGGGAGAUUAGUCACCUUCAGGCCCAAGGCAACGUACUGGUCUGUGGAGACCUGAAUGCUAGAACAGCAGAAGAACUAGACACUAUUAACAGUCAUGGGGAAAAAACACCUACCGGGAAGCAACAACCUUUCCCUCCCCACAUACCCGCCCAGAAACAACUAUGACAAAGUUGAAAAACAAAAAUGGAGAGUACAGCUCCUGAAGCUCUGUCGAACACUGGGUCUGUACAUAGUCAAUGGUAGGCUAAGAGGGGACUCUUUUGGUAGGUACACCUACAGCUCAUCCCUUGGCAGCAGUACUGUAGACCUACUUCAUCACCGACAUCAACCCAGAGUCUCUCAGAGCCUUCACAGUCUGCCCACUAACACCUCUCUCAGACCACAGUAAAAUCACAGUGUAUCUGAGAAUAGCAGAACCCAACCAUGAAGCAUCACAGCCCAAUAUAUUACAUGGUACUAAACAGACCUAUAGAUGGAGUGCAAACAGUACGAAAUCUACCAAAAGCAAUUAGUAGCCAAAAAAUACAAUCUCUCCUGGACAAACCUUUUAGCCUUAACAUUCUCCUACAGCAAUGAAGGUGUAAAUCUGGCCGUUUGAACAUAAACUUUAUAUUUGACAAAUUAGCCUCCUUGGCUAAUCUAACGAAAUAUAAGAGCAAACCAAAAAUAAUAGAUAAUGAAAAAAUGGUUUUGAUAAUGAAGAAAAGUCAUUGAGAAAUAUAUCUAAUCAAAAACACAGAGACCCAGACACAAAAAAUAUACGUCUUCAAUAUGGGGAAACACUGAAGCAAUACAAACACCACCCUAAGAACAAAAAAGGAACAGCACAUUAGAAAUCAGCUGGAUGUAAUUGAGGAAUCCAUAGAAUCAAACCACUUCUGGGAGGAAUUGGAAUAAAUUAAAACAAACCUCAUCAUGAGGAAUUGGCUAUCCAAAAUGGGGAUAUGUUGGAAAAUCACUUUGCAAACCUCUACCAGCAAUAUAACAAAGAGCCCAGAACAACAAGAUAUACAAGUUAAAUUACAAAUCUUUGAAUCAGCAGUCAAAGACUAUCAGAAUCCUGUGCAUACCCCAAUUACAGAACAAGAAUUAUUGGAAAAACGUUUGCACUCUCCAACCCAAAAGGCCUGUGGUGCUGAUGGUAUUUUAAAUGAAAUUAUCAAUAUACAGACCACAAAUUCAAAUUGGCUAUACUCAAACUCUUCAACAUUAUCCUAACUGCAGGUAUUGUCCCCGAUGUUUGGAACCAAGGAUUGAUCACACCAAUCUAUAAAAAUGGAGACAAAUUUGACCAAAAUAAUUACAGAGGAAUUUGUGUUAACAUCAACUUGGGAAAAUUCUCUGCAGUAUCAUAAAUAGCAGACUACAUCAUUUCCUUGAUGAACACAUUGUCCUAAGCAAAAGCCAGAUUGGAUUUUUUUUUUAUUAUCGUACAACAGACCACAUUUACACCCUCCACACUCUAAUUGACAAACAAGUAAACCAAAACAAAGACAAAAUCUACUUGUGUUUUGUAGACUUCAAGAAAGCAUUUGAUUCAAUUUGGCACUAAGGUAUUUUUGAUAAAACUAAUAGAAAGUGGUAUUGGAUGGAAAAACAUAUGAUGUUAUUAAAUCAAUGUACACUAAAAACAAAAGGAGGGGUUACAGCAGCAUCUAGAUCAUCUGCACAGGUUCUGUCAGACCUGGGCUCUGACCGUUAAUAAAAAAAAACGAAAUAUAAUGAUAUUCCAAAAAAGGUCAGGAAUCAGAUGACAAAUAUAAAUUAUAUUUGGACACAGUUCUAUUAGAACACACCAAAAACGACACGUACAGUUGAAGUCGGAAGUUUACAUACACUUAGGUUGGAGUCAUUAAAACUCGUUUUUCAACCACUCCAUAAAUGUCUUGGUUAACAACUUGUUUUGGGAAAUCGGUUAGGUUACUUUGGGUGACACAAAAUCAUUUUUCCAAAAUUGUUUACAGACAAUUUUUUUCCCCCUUAUAAUUCACUGGGGUUUAAAAACAAUUCCCAGUGGGGCCACAAAAAAAAAAUUUAAAACCCGAGGGGAAUUCCCAAAAAUUUAAAAUUUAAAGAAAAUAGAGAGGGGGAUGCAAAAAAAUUUGCCCCCUUUUUCCCAUCCUUUAAUAAUAGUGCACUUAUGGGAAAAUAUUUUAUGCCUUUUGGGGAUGCAACCACAAAAAGGGAAGUAAAUUUUUUUCCCCACCAGAGGGGGCCCCUCCCUUUCGGAAAAAGGAAAGCUUAAAGCGGGUUUUUACACUUUAAGGGGGCAAAAAAAAUAAACUGCUUUUACGGGUCAUUUUAACACUGCGGGUUGGCCUUUUCCCCAUUCCAAAGGCCGUUUAUUUAUCACCUUUAGGGCCUUCAACACUCGGGAAACCUUUUUUUUUCUUUUUUUUUUUGUAUCUCUUUGGCUGAAGUAAAAAAAAAAAUCGCUUUUUAAUUGUUUUUCCCAGCCCAACCGUUUUUUUUUUCUAUUCCCCCCCAAAAUUUAGGGGUUUUUAAUUUUUAAAAAACACUUAAAAUUUAACAGUGCUUCACCCCUUCAUGAAAAAUACUUUUUUUUUUCCGCAUCAUUUAAAUAAAAUUUAAACACAGGUUUUAAACAAAAAAAAAGCCGUAAAAAAAUGAAAUAAAAAUAAAUAAGAAAACCCCAUUUUUUAUGGGGAAAAAACAAAUUUUUUUUUAAAUGCACUAAGCCGCAGAAAUUUCCCGUUUUUUAUACUUUAUAAAGGAGCGCCCUUUUUUAUUUUUGGUUACAGGAAAAGGGCCCCAUUUAAUCUAAUAAAAAAGCAAAGAAAGAAAAAUUUUUAAAUUAUUAUGGAUCAUAAAAGCAACUUUGCCCAAGACCAUAAUCUCUUUCACAAUUAUUUGUUUUGGGUAAAAUAAAGGCCGAAUGUGAGUGAUGCCCGCAGUGUUUUGGCAUUUUAAAUUUUUUUUCAUGUUUUUUUCCCCUUUUUCCCUUUUUUUGGGCGUCUCCUAGCGUACCCGGUAGCGUUCGGGUAGGCUUAUUCAUGCCCUUUUAAAAGGGCAGAAAAACAAAAGCCCUUUUUAAAUUACCGAACCAGAUCCCACCACAUAAAGUAAAUAGCCCUAAUUGGCUUUUUUUUUAAAAAAAUUUUAACAUUUACAUAUGUGCAUAAAUAAUAAAACCCACAAUGAUCUUCCCUCCCCCUGCCACUCCCAAAACAAUUAAAUAAAAUUUAUUUUUCUCUCUUUUUGGGGCCCAAAAAGAUUUGUCGCCGCAUUUAAAAUCAGCCCCAAAUGUGCAAAUUUUUGGGGCCACACCUACAAAAGGGCAAAUUUAGGGUUUUUUUAAAAUAAAUUGGGAAAAUGUAAAUCACUUACAAAUGUCCCCCCUUUUCCCCACCUCUGGGUUUGGGACCUUCGGGGGAAAGGGGUCCCAAUCAAAAACACACUCCCCCCCUCUCCCCGGACAGCCCAGACAUGUCUUUUUCCCCCUCCACCCCCCCCAAAACCCAAAUUUUUCCCUCCCCAUGGGGGGUUUUACACUGUCACCUUCAUGGGGCCUAAGGUUACUUUUCAUUGAUUCUAGGGUUUUAAAAUUUUGACAAUUUUUUUGGGGGCCCAUUUAAAGAGGGAAAACUGUUUGUUUUUUUAAAACCUUUUCCCAAAAAAAAAAAUUUAAAUCCAAAAUGCCCAAAUAAAAGUCCUUUCGUAAAUAAAAUUCUAUAGUGUAUUUGAAAAUGGUUUUAAAUUUUUCUUCCUUCACUUAAAUAUUAAAUAUUUCCCUUUUACAUUUUAUCAUUUGGGCAAGGGCCCUUAUCCGAGCGAUUUAUUUUUUGUAAAUGCAUUUUUUUUUUUUCUCCUAGUUUAAAAUUUCCCCCUUUUUUUGGGGUCCUUCGGGGGCCCCACCUGAUAUGCCUAAAUCAAACCGGGGUUUUUGGAAAAUAGACUGUAAAUAAAAUCAAAGGGAAGGGAAAUUCCCGAGGGGGCGGCUCCUUUGCCCGUUUUUGUCGAACAGCAAAAUGCGACCAUGUAGACACGGGAGCACCCAGCACCGACUCAAAGGCCAAAAUUCCUGGAAGGAAUCAACCUGAUGGAGAGAAAGGGAACGGAGGGAGAGAAGAGAGAAAAGAGAGAGAGUCUUUCUAAAUUGGAGCCCCCUUAUUUUUUCUUUUUUUUUUUUGUUUUUGGGAAUAGAUAAACCUCGAAUUUUAAAAAAAUUCGAAAAGAAGUGAUGAAAAACAACUCUAUUAAAUCAAAAUUUUUUUUUAAAAAAUUUUUUGCCCCUCAAAUUAAAAGUUUUGACUCUCGCUGCUAGUUUAAAAAAACAAAAAACCCCCAAAAAUCGAGCCAGCGCAAAAAAGCCAGCCAGAAAAAUUGUGCUAAACAAACCUAGCAAGGGAGUUAAUCCCAACUACUCAAACGACCAAACUGAUGAGAAAAUAAAAAAGAAGAAAGGGAACUCUAAUUUUAAAAACCAAAAUAUUUUCUUUUUCGUGUGUGAAUAUUUUUCACUCUUUUUGCUUUUUUUUUUUGAGCUAAAUUGGGAGCUAGCUACAACCCGGGGCAGACAAAAAAAACGGGUUUGCUUGGCAACAGGGGCCACAGAACAGGGGCAGCACAGAGAAAGUAGCAAGCCCACGGGCCCCCAUGCCCCCCCCCCCCCACUCCCCCUCAGAAAUGAGUCCUUUCUCUACCCUCCAAAAGGCCCGGGCACCAUGCCCCCCCCACUCCCCCUCCACGGGCCCCAUUCUCUACCCCCCAGAUGCAAAAGGGAAAAUUUAAAACCAAAACUACAAAAGGGGAGGCCAAAAACCCUUUUUUCGCAACCUCUAAAAAACGGUGAUUUGGGGAAAUCUCAUCUUUCUCACUGACCACCCAAAUGCGGGGGCGCUCGGGAAAAGUCGCUCUCACUUACCCAUCCGUAAAAAAGGGAAUCUUUAAGGGGGGGAACUAAAAGUCAAAAGCAGUUUACCCUGAAAAGAAACCUGAUAACAAUCAACCUCUACAAACUGGGACUGCCAUGGGGGGCAAAAAAACCCUUAGGUUUUUUGAAACAACUUUCAGCCAUUAAGGAGAGACAGAAGAGAGAAGGACCCACCAGUGACUUUGCCCCCCCACAAGAAAAAAACCCCCACCCCACCCCACCCCCACUAUCCCCCCCCAAAAAAGGGGCACUCCAGCACCCUUCUUUUCCCCCACCAAGGGGAAGGCACGCCCCAGGGGAGAGCGCCCCCCGUGCAGAUCGGGCCCCAGGCCCUCCUCACCACCAUGGUUUUUUUCCAUAAAGGGAUCAUUUUCACCAAAAACUGGGGGGGGAGGGGGUCCUGCUCGGGGGAAGUGUGACAAACAGAAAACAGACUCCACACCUUAAAAGGACCUCCAAACCAAAAGGUGGGGGCCAAGACCUACAGCACCUUUUGAAACAAAAGCUGAAAGAAGUUUCAGCAAGAGGAGACGGACUAAGAGAAGCUGGCUGAUCUAACAAAAGGUGAGAGAGCUCCAAAAAGAAAGGCCCAGAGAAAUAAUAAGCGCUGACCACACAAGAGGGGAGCUGCAGGAAAAAAGAGAACAGAGGACGGUUUCGGGCAGCUAGAUAAACCAUCUUUUCCCUUUCCCUAAACACAGCAAGGACCCCACCUAAACCCCCUGGGCCCCCCCACCCCUUUUCCGGCUCCCAAAUCCCUUCCCCCAAAGCCUCAGAACAUCCUCCCACUGAAGGGGGCACCGACACAGACCCCCCCAAAAAACCCCCCGCCCCAAAACACUCCCACCCCCACUCUACCCCCCUUCCAUUCCAGAAAAAACCACUGGCUGAAUCGUGUGGUGCCCAAAAAACCGCAGAGGGGCCUGGCGCUGUUUUGAAAAACCCCAUUUGGGGUCGCCAACCACAAAAUUUCUACCCACCGGAAGAAAGACCUGCUUGCUCACAGUAAGGGUGGCACUUCACAAAGGGGGGAUGAUUAACCCAAUUUUCCCCCAAACCCAAAGGAUCGUGGUUCAACCCUUCUACAAAGGAAAAGGAUUUUUCAACCCUAAACCAACCAAAAGAAUAAACGCCAGCCCCCCCGGGACUGUGCCCUGCGCCCCAAUGUAAAACCUGGCCCACCACCCCCACCCCAUCCUGGACUGCUCUAGGGCCCAUGUUAAACCUUUACAGGAGCCAGUCCCCACCCUUUUCCAAGACCCCAAAGGGAGCCCGUUUUAAAAAAAAAACCCAGCCCGACCUCCCCCACCCGGGAAACCCACGGGCUAUCUCCACCACCCCGAAAAUCCCCGAGCAACACCCCGGACCACACCCUGGCCCCCCACCCCGCCCACCCAACCACCAACCUCAAUGCCCCCCACAGCCACCAGCCAGACCCCCCCCACCCCCCGCUUCAGACCACCCGCACCCUACCACCCCCCCCCCCCCACCCACCGAACCCCACACCUGGAUACCCCACCCCCGGCGGGGCAGAGCUACGCACAGGCUUGAGGGAAAACGGGCCCAGCCCCCCCCAAAACAAAAUUUAG